UGCAGCCUACUAGGUCAAACGGGCACGAGAGUGCAUUUGAGGAAGUGUGUUGAUUGAGAGUGUAGUAACGAUGUAGUAAAUUAUUAAAUAUAUUUAUAUCAGAUUUAUAUUUUUAGAGGCUGGUCAGAGUGAGGUGAGUGCGUAAAAGAAGAAGACAGAGCAGUUUUUGAUUACCUGGAGUGGGAGAGUACACCUGUGCAUAAUGUCCUUGUUCAGCACAGGGGUGCUGGUCCUCACCUCCCCUCUCCACACCCUCCCUCUCCGCUUCGCUCCUGUCCUUAAAUCCGCCGCUAAGCUGGUGGAGCGCACCCUGUAUGUUCAUCUCCACCCAGGCCUCAACCUAGGGACAGGUGGUGCGCCUCGUCCAGUCUUCAUUCCCCCGUCCGCGGAUCUCCCGGGCCUCAUAUCACGCCUGUACAGUAAUGCAGCAGACGUCUGUGCUCACCUGGACGUCCGGCUGCUUCUUGCUAACAUCUGUGCACAGCAGGACUCGAGCCUCGACCCUUUCCCCUCUCCUCAGACACUUUCUCAAUCUCCAGAGGUUGUCAUGACAGAUUUCCCCAUAAAGGACCCGGGGCAGACGUCUCUGGUGGCUCGGUGCCUGCAGGUUUACGCCAGAAGCUGCUACGUGUGCUCUCCCAGCGUUUCCUCCGUCGUCUUGUGGCCACAGCUGAAGGAAGCGAUGGAAGAGCAGGAGGAUAACUGGAAGAAAAACGAUACGCAGCCUUUAGAGACAUUCAGAGACGUGGUAGUGGGCGGAACCUUCGAUCGUUUGCACAGCGCACACCGGACCCUGUUGAAUACUUGCUGCUUGAUGGCGAACAGGCGUUUUCUGAUAGGAGUGUGCGACCAGGAGCUGCUUAAAAGUAAGGUGUUAAAGGAGCUGAUCGAACCGUACAACAGGCGUGUAGAGAAGCUCCACGAGUUCCUGAACGACGUCAAACCAUCCCUGCGGUACGAAAUCGUCCCCCUGUCCGACCCCUUUGGCCCAUCCGUCAGCGAUGCUGAGCUGCAGUGCAUCGUGGUUAGCGAGGAGACGAGGCGGGGCGGCGAGGCCGUCAACAGGAAACGAGUAGAAAAUGGGCUAGCAGAGCUGGUGCUGUAUGAAAUUUCUUUGAUUAAAGACGCACAUCAUGCAGACAUCGAGGAGGAGAAGAUCAGCUCAUCGAGCCUGCGCACUCGCCUGCUGGGCACGCUCCUCGUCCCUCCUACGCCUCGCCCCGCUCUCUCCCAGGUCCCGUACGUGAUCGGCCUGACGGGAGGCAGCGGAAGUGGGAAGAGCUCCAUCGCUCUGAAACUGGAAGGACUUGGAGCCGCACGGAUCGAUGCGGAUCAGCUCGGCCACGAAACCUACCAACCUGGCACGGCUGCCUAUCACAGGAUAGUGCAGGAGUUUGGCACAGAUAUCGUGAAGGAGGAUGAGACCAUUGAUAGGCGUGCCCUGGGGAGGAAGGUGUUCGGAAAUAAGGAACGGUUAAAAGCCCUAACUGAUAUAGUGUGGCCUGAGAUUGCACUUCUUGUGAAAGAAAGAGUCCAGCAAGCUAAAGAAGAUGGGAAGCGAGUGUGUGUGCUGGAUGCUGCAGUUCUGUUGCAGGCAGGAUGGACAGAAAUGGUUCAUGAGGUCUGGGUGGCCAUUAUCCCUGAGGAAGAGGCCAUGCGGCGUAUCGUGCAGCGGGAUGGGGUGAGUCAGGAGGAUGCACUGAGGAGAUUACAGAGUCAGUGGUCUAAUGUCCAGCUGGUGGAGCAAGCCAACGUGGUCCUGUGUACACUGUGGGAGCCGGAUGUCACUCAGAGACAGCUAGAAAAAGCCUGGAAUUUACUUCAAGUCCGGAUACAGCAGAAAACAGAAGAAGCUGAAUUUCAACCCUGAGAUGAUCGUUUUCUACACACACACUUCACUGGUUAACGCUUCAGACUUUGAAUAGAGUUUUUCUUAGCCAAGUGUUUAUGAUCAAGUUGCUUGCGCUAGAGUCAAUGCUUUGCACAAAUCAACUCAGUGGUCUGAUUUUUUUUUUCCCCCACAAGUGGCUCUUAAAGACUUACCCCGUUAAGAGAGGAAUUUCUUGACCUUUAACGCAAUUUUAUGGAUGUGUUAUUUUUACUUAGUCACCCCAAUGCCACACGGCUGAUGACUUAUGUCUUAUUUCUAGUAAUUGUUUCUUUAGCAUUUGACUGAUUUUCACUACAUUGUACCAAACACUUUUUGGAAACACUUUUGAACGGUUUCAUAAAACAGCAGAAUAAAUCAAGUUGUGAAAACAUUACAGUCUGAAUCACAUCCUUCAACAUGUGGGCUAAUAAAACACACUACUGCGGUUUUUGAACACGAUACACAGCGUCCAGCUUGUAGCCCGAGAGCUGAAUCUUUCUGCUGUUCCUCAUCUGAAGAGUGAGAGUCUGGGAGAUGUUUCCGUCAUGACAAAGAGCCAGAAGUUCCACAUCAGGGAUCGAGAGUAAAAAAAAAUUCAUGAGGCGAAUUCAAUUCUUUAUUAAAUAAAAAUCUUUACACUGUCA